AUGCCAAUCAUCCGGCCCGCUGGGGGGGGAUAUGGUGAUUUUCAGAAAGUCGCCUCGGGCACAAACGAACACUGGCGCUGGGAGUACAGGGUCGGCCGUGGGCGCCUCCACGGCGCCGAGCUCGCGAGGCCCAUCCGCAAGGCGCUGGAGCCGCUCUCGGGCAUCAAGGCGCUGCGCGACACCAAAACGAUCCACACCGCGCAGCAGCUCGCCCAGGUGCUCCUCCGCUUCUGCAGCAACACCACGCUCACCUUCUUCCUUCGCACUAUGCCGCCGUCGGUGACCCAGGACGCCGCGCGCGAGCACGACCGCCUGAUGGAGGAGGCGCUCUACACCCUCGUGGGUGGCGCGCGGGUCGGACGCAACAGCCCACGGUGGCGGGUCGCUGUUCAGCAGGCCCGACUUCCGGUCAGGAUGGGCGGUAUGGGCCUGACCAGCGCCAUGGACAUCCGUGAGGCGGCGUGGGUCGCACAGCGCUUCGACGAGCUUCGGGAGGCUCACAAACGCCUCCGCGCCCUUCGCGACGAGGUCGGCAAGACGUGGCGCGAGUGGGACGGGCGCACGCUAUACCAAGACGUCGUCGGGCCCUUCCAGGAGACCAAGGCGGUGCGACGGCGCCGCUACCACCCGCCCAAGCUUACGCCGGCGGCGGAGCUGCUGCCUCUUCCGGAGUUCUCGUCUACCAGCGAGUUCUUACAGCAGGCGCAGCGGCGGUACACCGUCGGCGUACACCAUCGCAACUGGCUCGCCCUCGCCGAAGCCUUCGUCAGCGAGGCAUCCCGGCGGGGCGGCCGCUACAAGACUGGCAGGUGCAAGAACCACAAGUGCUGGCGCGAGGCGAUUCGGUUCGUCGCAGUCAGCCAGGAGGGGGCUGGCGCCUUCCUGAAUGCGAUCCCCAUGCGGGAUGAUAUGAAGAUGGAGACGUGGGCGAUGCGCAUUACAGUUCAGCGCCGCCUCGGCCUCCCGCUCGAUGUUGCCUGCCAGGCGGUGGAGGCGGGCAAGAAGGCGCCAAACGGCAAGCCGCACGAAGAACUCGGCGAUGCCGCAAUGGUCAACCCGCGUGCGAAGCACGCGACACGACACAAAUACCUGCUCAAACGACUCGUCAAGACCCUUCGCUCGGCGUGGGGCAUGCUCAUCGAGAUGGAGCCGACUGCACACCUCAGUUACAGUAACCCAAAACAACCUGACGUGGCGGCGGCGAACAUCGGCAAAGGGCAUGUGCGCCUCGUUGGCGACUUGAAACUCACGAGCUCGCUUGCGUGCAAGGGUGGCGAUCGGCUCGGCUGGAAGGGGGCUUUUGUCGCCUUCGGCAACACCGAGCGGGCGCUGCUCGACUUAGGCGACUACCGGUUCGCGCGGGAGAAGAAUUGCGACCUGCGUUUGCUCGACUUCGAGACGUUCGGCGGCUUCGGGGACGGCGUCCGCAAAAUUCUUCGGCAGGCGGCGGACCAGCUGAGUAACAAACUUUCGCACGCUCAGCACCUCGAUGAGGUCACAUGGACCACCAAGAACUGGCACGGGCUGCAGAUGCAGCGCUUGUCUGUCGUUCUCCACACCGCCGUGGCGUGGCAGACGGUGAACGAGCUAGCGUGCGGGGACAGCGGCAUUGUGCACGGUGCUAAGUGCAUUGCCGUUCUUAACGGAGUCGCUUAG